CCACAGCCCCCUCCAUCCAUCCACCCACCCACCAUCCCUUCCUCCCUCCCCUCUCUUCCCCUGAAACAGGCGAUCACCUCUGAUCCGCAGCCUUUUCCUUUCAAACCACUCACUCCCGCCCCCCCCCCAAAAAAAAAGCCGGAGGAGGAGAAGAGACGCUUCCAUCUCCCCGCAGCCCCUGCUCGCUUUGCGCCGCAAGCCCCCUCCCCACCCUGCCGCCUGGAAGCAGAGACCAGCCCCUCCACCCUCCUUCCCCAGGACUGAGAGACACAAAUCCAGCGCUAGAGGCAACGGCAAACAUCCCUGAUCUCCGGAGCUGCAGAUGUGGCGGAGCAGCCGACGGCCCAGGCGCUGGGGGUGUUCCAGGGAAAGCAGCUCUUUCUUCUUCCAGGCGAGGUCCGCAUCUGCUUCGGCUCCCGGGGCCCCGUGGAAACCUGUCCUCCCUGCUUCACCCAUUUGCAGUCUGCUGUGAACAUUCCGGUACGAUCGUCCGACACCCCUCUCCAUCUCAACCCCCGCAGCAGGCAAGAGACACACAAAGCGGCGAGGAGCAGAGGUUUGGGUCGUCGGUCCCCCCUCCCCCUGGUAGAAAAGGUUGCCUGGGCACCCUGCCUCUGCCCCUGGGCUGCAGGGGGAGCAGGCCCCAGAGGACGCCAUCUGCUCCCUGCCAGAGGACACUGUUGGUGGCCACACCGGGCACCAUGCACUCCCUGGACGAGCCCCUCGACCUCAAGAUCAGCAUCUCCAAGCUGCGGGCGGCGCGGGAGAAGCGGACGCUGGGCAGCACCAAGCACCGGGCCUUGCACCGCGAGCUCAAGAGCCAGGAUGAUGGUGCCAUGGCGAUGGGCCCCGGCUCGCCUGGCUCCCCGCUGGCCGGUCCCCUGCUGCCCUCCAAGUACCAUGACAAACGGGACGCUCGCUUCUCCUCGAUGCCCCUGCUGGACCUCAGCCUGUCACCCCCGUCCGGCCCGGACUCCCCUGGCGGCAGCACCUCGCUGUCCCCUGAGCGGCAGGGCAGCGGGGACCUGCCCAUGGCCCCCACCCCCCAUGAUUUCCCGUCCCUGCGCUACAUCGACGGCCUCCCGAGCUCCUUCCAGUUCUUCCUGCCCCUGGGCUCAGGCGGUGCCCUGCACCUGCCGGCCUCGGCCUUCCUCACCCCCGCCAAGGAGAAGCGCCUCUCCCCAGAGCUGCCCCUGCCGCAGCAGCUGGUGUGUCGCUGGGCCAAGUGUAACCAGCUCUUCGACCUGCUCCAAGAUCUGGUGGAUCACGUCAACGACUUCCACGUCAAGCCAGAGAAGGACGCGGGUUACUGCUGCCACUGGGAGGGCUGCGCGCGCCAUGGCCGGGGCUUCAAUGCCAGGUACAAGAUGCUGAUCCACAUUCGCACUCACACCAACGAGAAGCCUCAUCGCUGCCCAACCUGCAACAAGAGCUUCUCCAGGCUGGAAAACCUUAAAAUCCACAACCGCUCGCACACAGGCGAGAAACCCUACAUGUGCCCCUACGAGGGCUGCAGCAAGCGCUACUCCAACUCCAGCGACCGCUUCAAGCACACACGCACCCACUACGUGGACAAGCCCUACUACUGCAAGAUGCCCGGCUGCCACAAGCGCUACACGGACCCCAGCUCACUGCGCAAGCACAUCAAGGCCCAUGGCCACUUUGUGUCCCACGAGCAGCAGGAGCUGCUCAAACUCCAGCAGCCUCCCAAGACCCCCGUCACCUCGGCGGAAGUGCCUUACGUCAACGGGGCGCAGCUCAUCAUCCCCAACCCGGCCGCCCUCUUUGGUGGGCACGCGCUGUCCGGCCUGGGCGCCUCUCUGCCCAUCCCCCUGACCCCGGGGCCGCUGGACCUCAGCACCCUGGCCUGUGGCGCCAUGGGCUCUGCCGCGCUGCCGGGGCUGCCCAGCCCCGUGCUGUCCCUCAAUGGGGCGCCACUCAACUUGGCCAAGAGCCCCUUGCUGGCGUCUCCCUUCGGGGCCGGCGGGCUGGGGCUGCCAGUGGUGUCCCUGCUUGCUGGCAAGACGGAUGUGGAGAAGUGCCAGGUGGGUGACACCAGGGUGGCCAAAGCAGGCAAAGCUCAGGGGCUCGAGAGCCGCAAAGACUCGUGUGACAGGACUGAGCGGGCCCGGCUCAGGCACGCUCCGGAGAGCCUGCCGCUGUUGCCCGGCACAGUGCUGGACCUGUCCACCGGCGUGAGCUCUAUGGGCAGCCCCGAGGCCCUGCCGCCCGGCUGGGUGGUGAUCCCCCCGGGCUCCGUCUUGCUGAAGCCGGCCGUGGUGAACUGAAUGAACGAAGCCCAGAUGCAAGACAAGGCACCACCUUGGCCCAAGUCUUGACGGGUGAAUCUGCCAGCGGGGUGGGGGGGAGCCGGACCUCCCGCCCCUUCCCCUGUGACUGCCGCUUGGGUCUCGCUUGGACCCUUCACGAAAGAUGAGUUUGACUCUUCUGAGAAUAGCAAUAAUCCCCAUCCCAGCCCCGCGGCUGGCCCGCACCACCAGCCCAGCACAGGCUGCUCCAGAGGCCUCUUCGUGGGACCCCCUGAGACAGCUAACUGCCCCCUCCCUGAGUCAGCCGCACCCUGGCGCCUCCUGCUGGCUCUCCAGGGUGCCAACACUGGCGCAGGACACAGCAGGAGCAGGAUCAUGGCUCUGGCAGACACCAGGGUCGGUUGUGGCAGCAGAGCGGGCGCCGGAGAGGGAUGAUUGCGGAGGGACCAGAGCCAGGCUGUGGCUCUGGGAGCAAUGGAGUGUGGAGCUGGAUCGGGGCCCUAGGGCCAGCCUGGUGUGCCAUCACCCUGUCUCUCCCUGGGGGCUGCCUGCCCCAGGCCUAAGGCAGUGAGAGGCGCCGCUAUUUUAUUUAUCUCACCCAACACCCCGCUCUGACAGGUCCCGCGUCGGGCCCUAGUCCCUGGUGCUGACCAGGUGCCCCCUGCCUGAGGCCUGAGCCAUGCAGCCACCUGCAUUGAGGUCCCACCCCCCAGCCCCGUGUCCACCCCCCAGUCAGUGCCAGGUGCUCAUGUCCUAGCGCCCUCUGCUGGCUGUGUGAAGCCCAGUAGCUGGGUGGGUGUGAGCGAGCCCAGGGGAAGGGCCCAUUGACCCUCCCUAGCCUGCGGCUCCUGGGUGUGGUGGCCCCUGGCCCCUGCAGCAGAGCUGCCCCCUUGGCACUGGCCACACCCUCUGGCCAUCACACAUGGCCUGGCAGGGAGGACGGUGCCAGCAGAACCCACAAACACAGGCAUGUUCACCCCCCCCCCCCUCGAGCCCCAUGACGCAGGCAGCCCUGGGCACCUUCUUCUCUGGCUCAGGGUAAGCCCCCCACCCUAGGAUUGGCACUGCCAUGGCGUUGGGCUGGGGGGCUCCCUCCACUCCAGCUCCGGUUCCUGUUCUCAUUUCCAGGAGCUCCCACGUGAGGGGCUCUAGCACCUUGCUCGCCCCAACACCUGCCACUGGCCCUCUCCCAUCACCCACCUCCCUGUGCCUGCGCUAGCCCAGCCUGCAGCCCAGCCAGCACCCUGGGAGCCAAGCGGCGUUUUCCUGCCAUGUGGCGCUGACCUGGGAGCAGCCAGCUCAGCCAUGUGGGACCACCAGGAGCCACCAAAGCAGGGGUGUUCCUGUUGUCACCCCCCAGCUGACGGAGCUCCCACCAGCCACCAGGCGCCCUGCCAGUCUGACCCCCUCUCCCCUCCAGAUCAGAUCAGUCGGGCCCCGAUUGCACCCAGCUGGCUCUGGGCCCGUGCGCCAGCGGAGAAGGCAGAGCUAUUCACCCGCAGCUGGGCUUGCCCGCCGGAGAUGCCAGCGAGACAGGACCAUGAUGAACUUCUGGACUGCAGCCCCAUCGCCCUUCAGCUCUGAGUUGACUGGACUGAGACAGACAGACGGCCCCCCCAGUCCCAUGGGGAGCCCUGUCCCCAGAUCCCCUCCCCCCCCCCGACAACGCAUACUGGCUGAGUAUGCCGCUCGCCGGCUCCCGUGCCCCUUCCCCAAUGAUGGGGGAGGGUGGGGGCAUGAUCGCCUUCAGCUCUGUUAGAACCUUAGCAUGUAACGCAAGUGUGUGUGGCUGGCCGGCGCCACAGGGUGGGAGCCCCCCUGCCCGCCUUCCUGGCUGUGAACCCUGGUGCUAGUGUCCUGGCCAGCCCAGCUGGGAGGCGGGUGCCAGGGGCAGUACUUCAGUUAACACCCUGAGUGGGCAGAUUGCUGCAGCCCCGCCCUGCAGGGAGCCCUUGGGCCACCACCCACAACCUGGCACUGCACCUGCCAAGCCCCCAUUCUGGCCAGCUGCCAAGGUGAGCCUCAUCAGGCCUGGGACUGAGCCCCCACCCCACUGUUCCUCCCCCCCACCCCUGGCAAGGCCUGCUGCUGAUGCUCCCCAAACUGGUUUGCCUCCACCCUUUGGCCAGAUCCCCCCACAGACCCAUCUCCUCAUGACUGGCUCAGCAGCUGCAACCUUCUCCAGCCUCGCCCCAGCCUGACUGCCCGGAGCCCUGGCUAGCCCUGCCCUGGCACAUGGUGCCAGGCUGCCUGUGGGCACAUGGCCUGGGCAGGCUGGUGCCCUGAGAACUCCCCUGGGCCUGUCCUCAGCCAGGGGCUGCAGCAUAUGCAGGUAGGAGGGACCCCAUUAGCCCUGUCCCCCCCCCCACAGAGUAAUGCCCAUGGGCUGGGUGCAGCCAGCUGCCCCACAUUCUUCUCUGGCUCCAUCGAUGGGCCUAGCUGUGCCCCCCGCUGUCCCUGCCCCAGGGGGGUGGGUUGGAGACACCCCAGCCAGCCCUGUGGGCAGCCUGGUGAGCAGCAGGCCCAGUGCCAGGCUCAGACCAAGCAGCAUUGGGUGACAGCUGGAUGCCCCUGGGGCACCCGGUCCGGGGGAGGAGCAGCAGGAGGCAGAGCCUGGUCCAUCACAGCACUGUGGUUAUGGGUGCCAGCUGCUGGGGAGCAUGAGCUUCCCCCCCCACCAUAUGCACCCCGCUGGUUAGAAAGCUAAUUACACACACAGCAUAGGGCCACUCUCACUGCCCACAGUGCAGCCUGGGGGGGAGGGCUCUGCUACUCCACAGCACUGGGGGCUGAUGUGUCUGCUCCUCCCAGCCCCGGGGCAUCACAGCCCUUGCUCAGC